UUUUUCCAGAAUUAUUUUUUAUCAGUUGCUAAAUUUUCUUAAUUUAAAAGAAUUUAACAAAAUUUUUCUUCUACUCUCCUUCUUUUAUUCUUCCUUUAUUAUGUCCUCAAUUUCCCCGCCCCAAAAUCAUCCUUCUUCUUCUCCUCUCUAUUCACCACAAACUGAAGAAGCAUUUGGUAAAAAAGAAGAAUUAUCUACCAAAUCAGUGUCAAAAAAUUUAAAAAACAAAACAAAAAUAAAUAAAAUAAAUUUAAACAACAAAAUUAUAAAUAAACCAGCUUUUGUGGCUUCUACUUUAGCUCAAAGACAAAUUUUGCCUCAAAGCGCCCCUUGCAGACAGAGAUAUAACGCUGCUUUUAAUGUAUAA